AACGAUAAUCUUCAGAAGACCAAGUUUAUUUUUUCACUUUACGAAAACAAGUAAUCAUGUCUGGCCGUGGCAAAGGAGGAAAAGCUCGAUCCAAGCCUAAAUCCCGUUCAUCCCGUGCGGGUCUUCAGUUCCCCGUCGGUCGAGUCCACAGACUCCUCCGCAAAGGAAACUAUGCCGAACGAGUCGGUGCCGGAGCACCAGUCUACCUGGCUGCCGUCAUGGAGUACCUCGCAGCUGAGAUCCUCGAGUUGGCCGGCAACGCUGCCCGUGACAACAAGAAAACCAGGAUUAUCCCCCGUCAUCUUCAACUUGCUGUGAGGAACGAUGAGGAGCUCAACAAGCUUCUCGCCGGUGUCACCAUCGCCCAAGGUGGUGUUCUGCCCAACAUCCAGGCAGUCCUUCUGCCCAAGAAGUCCGCCAGCAGCAAGAAAUAAGCUGUGUGUGCAACUUCUCACCCUGC